AUGAUUUAUACAAUUAAAAAUGAUGACUUUUAUCGAUAUAUUGAAGAUUUAUUGCCCAUAUUAAAUGAAUUUAUCCAAACCUAUCAAGAAAAAGUUGAUGUUGAUUUUUGGAAUCGUAUAGUAGAUUUAAAGCAUGGACGAUUAGGUUCAGGUAGCACUGAAUAUAUUACUGGUUGGAUAUUAAAACUAUUUUUUUAUAUUAAUGGGAAAAAUUCAAAUACAAUUCUAUUUUCGGAUAUUCACUUAGAUUCAAUACGUGUACCAGCUGAAGUUGAAAAUUAUUCUACUGGUUUAAAAAAGCCUUGUUAUGUGUUGGGAGGAUUUUAUGGUAUUGAUUCAACACUAGACCAUAUUCAUAAACCAGUGAUGAGUUUAUCUGUUAUUGAAGAUUUAACAACAGUUACAAGUCUUUCAGAUAAAACAAAACAUGAAAAAUGA